AUGUUUAAAUAUCAAACAAUAUUAAGCCCUCUUGACCAAUUUGAAAUAAGAAACUUAUUUAGUAUAGAUACACCAUUAUUAGCAAAUAUGAACCUAUCUAUUACUAAUAUAGGGUUAUAUAUGACUAUAGCUGCUUUCAUAGCUUUCUAUUUUAAAACAUUAUAUGCAACAAUACACAGUAUUGUUGUAAACCAAAUUAACAACAAAAAUGGGCAAGCUUACUUCCCAUUUAUGUACACAUUAUUUAUUUUUAUUUUAAUAAAUAACUUAAUAGGAAUGGUUCCUUAUAGUUUUGCCUCAACAUCUCAUUUUAUAUUAACAUUCUCACUUAGUUUUACUGUUGUAUUAGGUGCAACAGUUUUAGGAUUCAAAGAACACGGAUUAAAAUUCUUUUCUUUAUUUGUUCCAGCUGGUUGUCCAUUAGGAUUAUUACCUUUACUUGUAUUAAUUGAAUUCAUUUCAUACUUAGCUAGAAAUGUAUCUUUAGGAUUAAGAUUAGCAGCCAACAUAUUAUCAGGUCACAUGCUUUUAAAUAUCUUAAGUGGAUUUACAUACAAUAUUAUGAGUUCUGGUAUCAUUUUCUUUAUUCUAGGAUUAUUACCAUUAGCCUUUAUAAUUGCAUUCUCUGGAUUAGAAUUAGGUAUUGCCUUUAUACAAUCACAAGUAUUUGUGGUAUUAUCUUGUUCAUACAUUAAAGAUGCACUAGAAUUACAUUAG